UUCUUCUGCCCUUUUUCAUUUUCAGCGAAGGCGAAGCAAAACCGGAAACCCUUCUUAGUUCUUACGUAACCCCUGCACUUUCCCUCGAUAUAUGUAUAUAGUCAUAAAUCAGUAACCCUAAUUGAUAUACAUACACAUAUAGCUCAUUGGUGAAACGAUUAUAAAUUAUGUCAAUUCGGUUCAAAUUUCGGAGCUCGGUGAAUUUCGACACGGUGGACAUCGAUGGCCGGGGUUCAAUCUCUGUUCGAGAGCUACGGGCUAAAAUUCUUAACGGAAAAACCCUAGGCGCUGCCCGGCAACAGCAGCACGAUUUCGAUCUUGUGUUCUUGGAUGCGGAUUCUGGUCAAGAUUACAAGGAUGAUAAUUUCCAAAUUCCUAGCGGAUCCAGCGUGAUUGUUAAGCGAGUUCCAGCGGGGACUGUGCCAUCGGUUAUGGUACCCGUCGAAACUGUUAAGGAUUUAGGGAUGAAAGACUCCCGUCAAAAGAAUCCAGUUAGUAAACCAGAGGAUGAAUUUGACGACUUUGGUGCUGAUUUCUGUCCUACACCUGUUGCAAACUUUCCUGACUUUGAUCUAGAAUUUUAUAAAAAUAACUUCUGGAGCAGUGAGAAGCAAGAUAUUAUUGGUUUAAGGUUAGGAUGUCAAAAGCUUGAAUCAAGUGACCUUAAUCAAGCACUCCCCAGAGCUUCCUCCAAUCAAAAUGGGAAUGAGAGAAAAAACUUGCAGGAACCAACAGUUGAAGAACGGAUGAAAAUGGCCAAGUAUAAAAUGUCACUUUUCAUUCUGUUUACUGCUUAUACUUUUUGCAAUCUGACUUAUGUUUUUCUUUUCCGGGGGCAAAGGCUUUCUACUGCCAAUUUGGUAGCCUUGCAAAACACCAAUUUGCCAUUAGAAUUGAAGUGCACACUCUGCAACACUUUCUUUAAGGACGCUGUGAUGAUACCUUGUUGCCAGCAUAGCUUUUGUGAGAAAUGUAUACAUCUAGCCCUUACUGAAAAGAGAAGAUGCCCAAAAUGCUUUUCCAGCAAGUGCAAGGUAGAAGAUCUGCUGCCCAAUUUAUCACUUCGUCAUGCGAUUGAGCAUUGCCUUGAAUCUCAGAUGCUAGAUGCUGGUUUAGAGAAUGCUAUGGAGAAAUAUGCUCCAGAUGGAGAAUCUGGAAUCCAAGUUAAAAGAGAUGGUUCUUGUGCUUUAACUGUUGUUCAAAGGGAAGUAGAGUUUCCUGAGUCUUCUUCUGCAAGUGGGAUAGGAUCCAAUCAAGUACUAAUGGAAUCAUACAAUGAGCCACUACUUCGGAGAAACACACCAUAUAGGCGCUCUGAUAAUCAUGUCAGUAUUGGAGGUGGGAAUGGAGAUAUGAGAUCUGCUAUUCCAUCACAUAAAACCAAACAAAUAGAUGCUGGAGGGGGUGGAAAUCCUCGGCAUGCCAAUACAGAAAGAGGAUUUGAUGAUUUAGCACCUCCAGCUGAUUUUCAGGGGGAAAAUCAACCUUCUGAUAUUCCUCGAGUUCAUAUUCAUGAUGAAGGUGGAGACAGAAAUUUUUUGGCUCAUGGUAGUUACAAAAAGAGGGGACGCAAUUGUUACGCAUGUGGUUCUCCAGAUCAUCUCAUGAGAGACUGCCCUCUUGCUUCCAGUCUGCAUCCCUUUCAGCCAGGAAAUGGAGCAUUUCAUGGAGGUGUGCCAGGCUAUCCGCCGCCUUAUUGGAAUGAUUCUAUGUUUCCCUUCAGGCCUUGUGCAAAUAUGUACAGUAACCCUUCAGUGAUGCCCUUUAAUGUCUCUGUGGUUCCAGUGACACCUUUUGCAGUUCCUCCAUACAUUACUUCUAUGGGUGUUGGCUUACAUGGCCCUGUGGGAAACAUGGGAAUCCAAGGUAUGGGUCCUUCUGUAGGAAAUAGAGCUGAGAGGCCUCCCUACUCCAACUUGGAGUUUCAGCAUUUUGAACACAAAAAGAAGCAUUCUAAUGAAAAUCUGGGAAGAGAAAAACGUCAUGAAGAAGAAGAUUCUCAUGGAUGCCGUAGGGAUAAUAAGCCAGAUAAAUCAGAUCAAUAUAAAUCACAGAAAGAGAAGGAACAUAGUUUGAGUCAAUCUGAGGACAGCUUUACUCGAAGAUCACAGAGAAAAAAUCAGCAUGAUAAAUAUAUAGAUUCUGGCAUUCGCUACAUCGACGAAAGACUGGAUAAAAGCUCUCGCUCCUCUGCUGCUUUAAGAGACAAGAGGCUGCAUCGUUCAGAGAGAUCAAAUUCAGGCAUUGAAGAUAUGUCCAAAAGUUCUGAAAGGUAUAGUGGAAGAAGGCACAAAGAUCAUCAUGAAGAGUCAAAGCAUCUCAAGAAGGUAGAGUGUGACAGUGAUUCAAGUUUGGGUCAUUAUCCGUUGAAGAAAGAUGUCAUAAGAAGAGAGGUGUUUGAUGCCAGAGGCUCCCAUAUUGAUAGGAGGGAAUGCGAAGAGAGGGAUUCAGGUCAUGAUUCGAGACAUUCCCGGCAUUUUGCAAAAUACUCAAGAUAUGAACAGCACGAUGACAAGUGGCAGAUUGUCAGUGGCUCCAAUGACUACAAAGAUGAAUAUCGGCACAAGCGGAAAAGAGUCUAUUAAAACCGGUUUGGAUGCUAGCAAAAUUGAAAUAGUGUUUGGAACCUUUUUUGUGCCUCUCAAUCAUUCUUUGUGCUGAGGUGUUGAAGCUGAUGAAGGUAUGUCCUUUUAAAAUCAGAAAAAGGGAAAAAAAUUCUCAAUUAGUAUUGAAUCGCAAAUAAGCUCAACGCCUUUUCAUCGGAGAAGUUUGUCUUUUAAGCCCCUAUGCUCCAUUUCAUUGUUCAGUCUAAAAUUAGUUUUCAACUAAGGAAGCAAGUCUUUAUAAAAUGAAAAGAGCAAAAACACUUGUUAAGAUACAAAAACUCUACUUAAACAUGUCCAAUUUAUAUUCCCAUCAAAAAUUGAAAUUUUUAUAGUAAGCUUAAUUUGGAGUUUUGCAAAAGAAAAAAAUUCUCUUAAAUUUUUAUCAUUUGGUAUCCGUUGCAAAUAUGAUUGGAUCUUUUUUAAAUAAGGACUAUUAACCUUUUUUUUCCCUGAAUUAGGAGGCAGAGACCAAAUUAUGUGGGAUAGGAAUAAGAACUAGUAGAAGUGUUUUCUUUUUCCUUCUUUUCAGUUUAGUAGGCUAUGAACUAAUUAAAUGGGGACUCAAGAUACAAUUUUGCAUUUGUCUUGACACCAUUUGGAUAGUCAUUUAAUAGCCUGCAGCAAGGUGAGAAUUGCUUGCAUCAUUAUUGUGCAUGUUUGGCUUAUUUGUACCCAAAUCAAUGUCAAAUCAUUUUAAAACGUAAUCAACUGUUUGGUUGUAAGCUCAAAUUUCUUCUUCAUUAUUUGGAAUUUGCAUUGAUUAUUCUUCUUGUAUCUUAUCACACAUUCAUUGCAUUGGGCUUCUA